CAAUCAAUGUUUGUAUUGAUGUGUUGAGUGUUGUCAUGACUGCCAUGACUUGUGUUGCCAUCACGUGAUUGGACUAUAAGUUGGCAUUAAGUGUCCAAAAGAGCGCACUUUUGACACAUCUUGUAGUCGACUGACUGACCACUGAUUGUCGCACUUCUCGAUUGUUUCAUUCAUUGACAACAACUAUGGCAAAGGCACAUAUCGUUAAUAUAGUGGUAUUGGACAAUCCCUCGCAGUUCUGUAAUCCGUUUCAGUUUGAAAUCACAUUUGAAUGCAUUGAAGACUUGAAAGAAGACUUGGAAUGGAAGAUAAUAUAUGUAGGAUCAGCUGAGAGUGAGGACUAUGACCAGACAUUGGAUACAGUGUUUGUAGGACCGGUGCCCGAGGGACGACAUAUGUUUGUAUUUCAAGCCGAUCCUCCCGAUCCCUCAGUAAUUCCUGUGGCUGAUGCUGUUGGUGUCACUGUCGUACUGUUGACCUGUUCUUAUCGGGGAAAGGAAUUCAUUAGAGUUGGCUAUUAUGUGAACAAUGAAUAUAGUGAUCCCGAACUCAAGGAGAACCCGCCGGCGACUCCACUAUUUAACAAACUUCAGCGCAACAUUUUGGCCACAAAUCCACGAGUGACCCGAUUUAAGAUUGAUUGGGGAGAUAAUCCAUGCGAUAAUCCAUGUGAUAACUCUGAUAACAUGGAUGUAGACAACUCUGCCGUUUAAAUUGUUUUUUUUAAUUUAUUUUGUAUUAUAAUUAUUUUCUUAAUGUAUCACUCAGUAUCUUAAUGGCAUCAAUAAAACAUUUUAAUAUAUAAUGUAAUGUAGGUAUAUAUGAAUCAAAAAUAAUACAAAAUUUCAAUCGACUAUUAACUUACUGUAAUUGGUUUCAUAUUUAUUAAAAGCAAUAUAUUAUGGUAAUAAUUA